GAGCCGCCCGUCCAGGCUAAGCUUUAAAAGUCAGUGUAAUUUUAGCGAACUUUUAGUAAGCGAAAAACUCAAGCAAAAUGAGGUCUAUUUUGGCAUUGGCUCUGCUGCUCAGCUGCCUUACAGGGAUUCUAUCGCAACACACUUUGGAUCCCGCGAUGUCCAAGACUAUGGUAGAAGGUUGCUUGAAGGAGAAUGGAGUCAGUAAACAGGAUUUGGAGGACUUGCAGUCGGGAAAGGUGAAACAUGAGGAUGCCAAGGACAAUGUCAAGUGCUCCACUCAGUGCAUCCUGGUCAAGGCCGGCCUUAUGGAUUCUACGGGCAAACUGCUGACCGACAAGAUCAAGGCCAACUAUGCCAACUCGAGCAUGAAGGAGACCAUUGAAAAGGAUUUGGCCAAGUGCAGCGGUGUCAAGGGAGACAAUGCCUGCGAUACGGCAUUCAAGAUGCUAGGCUGCUUCCAGGGAGUCUAGUAAUGCAUAUAUUGAAGUUAUAAAAGCCGAGCAUUUCACUCACUUUCAAGAGCAAUAAAAUCAAGCAGUAGAUACAAAAGCA